GAUGUUUUUGUUCACUUAAAUCUAUGUUACACACUACAUGAAAGGUAAUUUUAAAAAUUCCAUAAUAGGUGCCCUUUAAUCAUCUGCAUUUAGUCAGAGAAGAAAAACUGUUCCGGUGUGUGGCAUUCAGCCAGACAGAAAUUAUUAAAUAAGUAAUAACAUUCAAAUAACGGCAUUUAUUUUAAACAACUGAAGAAAAAAAAGUGUAUGUAGACUGUACGACAUGAAGUCAUACUGUAAACUAAAACAUUAACUUACCAUCAGCACAAAUCUGCUGAAGCUGCUGUAUCCCACACCUUUUCCUUUGCUAAUAAAUCCUUCUAUAAUAAAUGCUGAGGGUUGAACAGCACUUUGUAAUUCUCAACCUCCUCAAUCAGACGGUCUCGUCCAUUAUGUGGACAUACAAAUCUGAAUGAGGUCAAUUGUUGCUUCAAUGAAAACGGCAGUCAUGGGCAUUUGUUUGUUUAUCAGUGAACUUGGUCAUGAUCUGUUAAUGUAGUGAAUCCCAAACAUCCCUAUAGCCAACAUAAACAGAAAAAAGCAAUGCGGUUUAUUUAUUCAUUCUUUUUAGUUAAUUUGUGUUUGUUUGUGUUCAGAUUGUAGAUUGUACAGUUUUGUAGGUUCUACUUAAUUUUCAUUUCCUUUUGGUGAUUUUAUACAAUCUCCUGAUUAUUUUAGAUUUUAUUCACUCAGAGCCGCUGAGUCCAGCAUGAGUCACGUGGCAAAAAUACUCAACGCCAAAACUAUCCGCUCACUGCCGCAUCUGGGACGCAUCACGUCAUGACUGUUAAUAUGGGUGCUGAAAUGAAAAGGCGCCGCUCACGGAGGAUGUGUGAACCUGGCGUCAAACUGAUCCCGGAUGAUUCUCGUCGCUCGCGUGCACUAAUGGACCCAUUUCACAGACGUGUUAUGACACAUUUCUGCCUUAUUUAAAAAUGUCAAUUUAGAAAACUUUUUUAUAUUUCCAGUUGUAAAACUAUUUGUUGUAAAUGUAUAACAUUGAACUUUGUGUUAUAUUACCCUGGAGUAGGUUUUAAAAAUCGAGUUACAGCAGCUGCUGUUAUGAGUGAGGCUGGAGUGAAGACAGACGAGAAGGUGCGGAUCCAAACGCAGUUUUAACUUUAUUGAAAAUAACAAACAAACAAAGGAAAACCCACGAUGGGGAAAUAAACAUAAACAAGGAACUCGGGAAGUGAACACAGAGCAGGCUUUAGAAACAAACAUACAUCAAACAUUCAAUCACUAACAUUGAAUCAUCAACAUUCAAUCAACGAUUGACCGGGGAAUGGAGAACAAACAGGGUUUAAAUACACUGGAGACAUGAUGAAGACAAACUACAAUCAGGUGUUCAGUGGACUGUUCAGAUGAUGUCAUGGACUCCACAAAGGAUCUCAGUGGACAGACAGACACAGGGAAGGUCAAGAGUGUCAUUCAUGGAGAAUCUCCUGAAUCCAGCUGUGUGUCCAUGAAGAGUGACUGGUCAAUGGAACAACCAGUUAACUUCAGUUCAGGAGCCCCUUGUGCUGAUGUGAGUCAACUCCAUAUGAAGAGAUCAGACUCAAGAGAGUCCAGCUGUGUGUCCAUGAAGAGUGACCAGUCUGUGGAUGUGCCAGUUGAAUUUAAGGGUGAACACAAAUCAACUGGAGUGAGUCACUCGCAACAUGUUGAAGUCCAAAGCACAUUCAAAUUCAAUCUGCUGAAGAAGUUUCAGAGUUUGCAUGAGGGAACAGCAAAGCAGGGAAACCCAACACUCCUGAAUGAGAUCUACACAGAGCUCUACAUCACAGAGAGUGAAAGAGGAGAGAUCAAUAAUGAACAUGAGGUGAGACAGAUUGAGACACAAUCCAGAAGAGCAACAACAGAGGACACACCAAUCAAAUGCAAUGACAUCUUCAAACCUUUACCUGGACAAGACAAACCCAUCAGAACUGUGCUGACAAAGGGAGUCGCUGGCAUUGGAAAAACCGUCUCUGUGCAGAAGUUCAUUGUGGACUGGGCUGAAGGGAAAGCCAAUCAGGACAUCCAGCUCAUAUUUCCACUUCCUUUCAGAGAACUCAAUUUGAUGAAGGACAAAAAACUCAGUCUUUCAGAUCUUCUUCAGGUUUUCUUCACUGAAACAAAAGAAAUGGAAAUAUCCAGAGAUGAAUUUAAAGUUCUCUUCAUCUUUGAUGGUUUGGAUGAGUGUCGUCUGUCUCUGGAUUAUCAGAGCAAUGUGAGAUUGUGUGAUGUCACUGAAUCAGUCUCAGUGGAUGUGCUGCUGACAAACCUCAUCAAGGGGAAUCUGCUUCCCUCUUCUCUCAUCUGGAUCACCUCCAGACCAGCAGCAGCUGAUCUCAUCCCCUAUGAGUGUGUUGAUCGAGUGACAGAGGUACGAGGCUUCAAUGACCCACAGAAGGAGGAAUACUUCAGGAAGAGAAUCAGAGAUCAGAGUCUGGCCAACAGAAUCAUCACACACCUGAAGUCAUCAAGGAGCCUCUUCAUCAUGUGUCACAUCCCAGUGUUCUGCUGGAUUUCAGCCACUGUUCUAGAGACAAUGUUGAGUGAAGCAGAGAGAGGAGAGAUCCCCAAGACACUCACUCAAAUGUACACACACUUCUUGAUCAUUCAGACAAACAUCAAACAUGACAAGGACUAUGAGAAGAAAACUAAAGACAGAGACAUGAUCCUCAAACUGGGGAAACUGGCUUUUGAGCAGCUUGUGAAAGGCAAUCUGAUCUUCUAUGAGGAAGACUUGAGAGAGUGUGACAUUGAUGUGACAGAAGCAUCAGUGUACUCAGGAUUGUGCACUCAGAUCUUCAGAGAGGAGUUUGGGUUGUAUCAGGGGAAAGUGUUCUGCUUUGUUCAUCUGAGCAUUCAGGAACAUCUAGCAGCUCUAUAUGUGCACCUUUCCUUUACAAACAACAACAAGAAUGUGUUUAAACAAAUCACUGAACAAAAACUGUUCUCUAAAAUCUUUAAGUUUAUGAAACAUAAUCCAUCAAAACAGGUUUCUAUGUUUGACCUGCAUCAGAGAGCUGUGGAUGAGACUUUAAAUAGUAAGAAUGGACAUCUGGACCUUUUUCUUGGUUUCUUUCUGGGUCUCUCAUUGGAGUCCAAUCACACUCUCUUACAAGACCUACCGACACAGACAGGAAGCUGCUCCUACAACAAAAAGAAAACAGUGAAAUACAUCAAGCAGAAGAUCAGGGAGAUUCACUCUCCAGAGAAAUCCAUCAAUCUGUUUCGGUGUCUGAAUGAACUGGGUGAUGAUUCACUUGUGAAGGAGAUCCAAGAUUAUCUGAAAUCUGGAAAUAUAAAAGGAAAAAAACUUUCCUCUUCACAGUGGUCAGCUGUAGUGUUUGUGUUGUUGACCUCAGAGCAGAAGAUGGAUGAGUUUGAUCUGAAACAGUUUAUUGGAGCACAAAAUAAAGCAGAUGAAGUUCUUCAGUAUCUGCUGCCUGUGAUUAAAGAAUCCAGAUCAGUUAAGUUGAUUGAUUGUGAUGUCACAGAUGAAGGUUGUGCUGCUCUGACUUCAGCUCUGAGAUCAAACCCCUCACACCUGAAAGAACUGAAUCUGUCUGAUAAUAAACUAAGAGAUUCAGGAGUGAAGCUGCUCUCUGAUGGACUGAAGAAUCCUCACUGUAAACUGGAGAUACUGGAGUUGAUUGGUUGUGGUGUCACAGUUGAAGGUUGUGCUGCUCUGACUUCAGCUCUGAAAUCAAACCCCUCACACCUGAAAGAACUGAUUCUGUCAUGGAAUAAUUUAAGAGAUUCAGGAGUGAAGCAGCUCUCUGAUGGACUGAAGAAUCCUCACUGUAAACUGGAGCUACUGAGGUUGAGAGAUUGUGAUGUCACAGAUGAAGGUUGUGCUGCUCUGACUUCAGCUCUGACAUCAAACCCCUCACACCUGAAAGAACUGAAUCUGUCAUGGAAUAAACUAAGAGAUUCAGGAGUGAAGCUGCUCUCUGAUGUACUGAAGAAUCCUGACUGUAAACUGGAGAAACUGGAGUUGAGUUAUUGUGAUGUCACAGAUGAAGGUUGUGCUGCUCUGACUUCAGCUCUGAGAUCAAACCCCUCACACCUGAAAGAACUGAUUAUGUCUGGGAAUAAACUAAGAGAUUCAGGAGUGAAGCUGCUCUCUGAUGGACUGAAGAAUCCUGAAUGUAAACUGGAGAUACUGGUGUUGAGUGAUUGUGAUGUCACAGAUGAAGGUUGUGCUGCUCUGACUUCAGCUCUGAGAUUAAACCCCUCACACCUGAGACAACUGUAUCUGUCUAGGAAUAAACUAAGAGAUUCAGGAGUGAAGCUGCUCUCUGAUGGACUGAAGAGUCCUGACUGUAAACUGGAGACACUGUGGUUGAGAGAUUGUGGUAUCACAGAUGAAGGUUGCGCUGCUCUGACUUCAGCUCUGAGAUCAAACCCCUCACACCUGAAAGAACUGAAUCUGUCUGAUAAUAAACUAAUAGAUUCAGGAGUGAAGCUGCUCUCUGAUCUAAAAUAUGAUCCACAUUAUAAACUGGAGACACUGCAGAUUUAGAUGGACAUCUCUUUGAGAACUGAUUGUGAACAGUAAUGAUUGUGAAGAAAACAGAGAUGUCACAGUCAACAGAGACAAACUGACCUGACACACGGAUGUGUGUAACUUAUAUAAUUAUUCAGAACACCUACUGAAGUGACAGUGAAACAGUGAAGCCUUUUGUUUCUUCCUCAAGUGACAUUUAUGGGUCAAUGACAAAAAAAAUAUUUUAAAACUCCACAUAUCAAAUUUGUAUAAAUGUAAUCUUUAUAUUCAUGUUUGUUUUGAAUACUUUUUUGACCUUUUAAUAUAUUUUUUAAUAACAAUAAAAUAUGAAAUCUACUUCUACCAACAUUUAAAACUUUUAAAGAGUUUCUUGUUUACAAUCUCCAAACAAUUACACCACUGAAACAUUUUUUAUUUUAAAAUAUAAAAAUUACUUUGAUUUCUGAAAUGUAAAAUGUCCAUCAUAAAAGAGGCGUGUUCAAGUAUUUUGUGUGUGAAACACAUUUUAAUGUAUCUUUGAGAAACUUGAUAGAUCCGGAAAAAAAAAAACAACUUCCAAAUUGGCGUUUCUUGAUUUGUCAACAAACGUUGUUCGUUGAUGUUCCUGCAGGUCAUUUCUCAAUGUCUGUAAUAUUUUUUUGUGAUUAACUUUUGUUUAUUGAUUCAUCUAUUAAACAAAGAAGAUAAAAAAUAUAUACAAACAGAAUCAAUAUUUAACCCCACUACCCCAACAACACCCCAGUGGUCACAUGAUUAUAGACAAAACAACAAUUCUUGGAUCUUAACACACCCAAAAGGCAUGGGUUGUGUCUCCAUCUUCUGAUUGACAUCGCCAGUAGGUGGGUGUGUCUUUAAGACCAAGCCUAUACAAUCUAGAGGGGGUCCAAUACAAUCUAUGUAAAAUCUUGAAUUGCACAAGAUGCACCCUUGCAUGUCUAGAUGCAGACUUGUUUUUUAGAAUCCCAGCCCACAUUCCCUCCUCCAUUAUCUCUUGACAGAAGUUGAAGCUCCAUCCCCCAGACUCUGAAUUAGCAGGGAGUAAUACACUUAUGCCUCAUGACCUUUCCCAAAAUCAAUAAUCACCUCUCCCAGAGUAUCUGCCGAUUUUUAGGGGGUGUAAACUACUCCCAAAAACAGUACAGAGCAUGUGGCACAGCUGUAAAGACUUAUAGAACUGAGAUCUGGGAAUCCCAAAAUGUUGAACCAAAUUUUCAAAGGAUCUCAACUCUCCACUCUCAUACAGGUCACAAAGUGUAGUAACCCCCCUUACGAUCCACUCUGACCCCUAUCCAGAGAAACAUAAUCUGAAAUUAAUCAAUUUGUUCGAACCGCCGCCACCAGGUGUCUAUAAAAUAACUUAAUCCAUUCAUUUAAAGUAAUCUCGAACCCGGAUAUUUCCAAAAUCUUAAAAAGUUAAUCCCAUUCUACCAUAUCAAAUGCCUAUUCAGUGUCAAGUGAGAUGGCAGCAACUAGAGUCGGAUCAUUCGCCACAGACCACAUGAUAUUGAUGAGACGCCUAAUGUAAUCAGAAGAGCUGUGUCCCCGAAUAAACCCCACCUGAUCUCUGAUAAGAGAUGUCAUAACUUUUCUUAAUCAAUUAGCCAGAAUUUUUGACAAUAUUUUAACGUCUAGCUGGAUCAGGGAAAUUGGACAGUAACUCUUACACUCACUUGGAUCUUUGUCCGUUUUAUGUAUCAGACUGAUCCGGACUUGUGUCAUGGUUGUGUCUAGCAAAAGUGGAGCCAGUUCUGUAGCAUAAGAUCUAAAAAUUCAGUUGACCAUGCUAUCCUUCUUAAACAUUUAAGGGAUGAGGUUGGCAUCAAGGGCGCUGUCUUAGAUUGGUUUACAUCAUACCUCUCAGAUAGGACUGUGAGUGUUACGAUUGGAAAUUCGUCCUCUUUUUCUGCAUUGUUCACUUGUGGGGUACCCCAGGGGUCCCUCUUUGGACCCAUUCUACUUUCUCUGUAUAUGCUCCCUUUGGGUUCUAUCAUGAAGAAAUAUAAUAUUUCAUAUCAUUGCUACACCGAUGAUACUCAGCUAUAUAUUCCUCUUAGUUCUGAUUACUCUUGCUCUGUGCUUCUAAAAUGCUUUGAGGACAUUAAAUUCUGGACUGCAAAAACUUUCUCCAAUUAAAUGAGAGCAAACUGAGGUUGUUGAGUUUGGUCUCCCUGGUGCUGUCUCUGAUAUCACUAGGAAUCUAGAUACAUUGUUUCCAAAUGUUCAUCCUUUUGCAAAAAACCUAGGUGUGAUUUUUGACUCCGAACUAAUUUUUGGAAAACAGGUAUUUGCUGUGGUAAGGAGUAGCUUUUUUAAAUUAAGGCAAAUAGCCAAAUUAAAACAUCUGUUCUCAUUUAAGGAUCUGGAGACCGUUAUCCACGCCUUCAUCUCAUCUAUACUUGACUAUUCAAAUGCACUGCAUAUGGGGCUAAAUCACUCAUCGCCUGCAGUUGGUCCAAAACGCAGCUGCUAGUGCUAAGAGGGAACACAUUUCACCGGUUUUAGCAUCUCUCCACUGGUUACCGGUGCAUUAUAGGAUCCAUUUUAAGAUCUUGUUAUUUGUUUAUAAAGAUUUAAAUGGUGUGGCCCCUUCUUAUCUGUCAGAACUUCUGAGCUAUCAACAAUCCCGUAGAAGCCUCAGAUCUUCUGACAAAUUUCUCCUGCAAAUACCUCGCUCUCCCAAAAGUUUAAAAGGAAAUUGUGCUUUUUCUGUUGCUGGCAUUAGACUAUGGAACAGUAUACCUCUGGACGUUAGGCCUGCCCCGUCCAUUCCUGUUUUUAAAUCACACCUAUAGAAGUAUAUGUAUUCCUUGGCUUUUACAUGAAUGUUUAUUGUAGACUAUAUGGGUAAUUUCUUGUUUUGUGUUAUUUUU